AUGACAACCCUCGCAUCGCACCGGUCCGGCCGCAGCUCCGAGAGCUCCGUCGACGUCGUCGCCGCCGAGAAAGAAAAGCUCGCAUCCGUGCAACUGUCGCAAGCGAACCUCGACGCCCUCCCGGACCUGCGCAACGCCGCCUCCCCCAAGCGAUGGAGGACCUUCUGGAAGUCCUUCCGCUACCUGCAGCACCUGACCCCGAAACAGGUCGACGACUUCAUGGCCUCCUACGUCAUCUAUAACCUGGACUGGUCGGACGAGAAGCACAUGGUCGAGGUGCUGGGCGCCGACUACCAAAGCAAAGUCGGCGACUGCCUGCAGGCGUACUACGGCGUGCUCAACCACCUCUGCGCCCUCGGCGACGUCGAGAAGAUGUACAUCCCCCCGUUCAUGAGCGCCAAGGCGACCGUCCGCGAGAACCAGCUGCUGUACGAGGAGUCGGUCGCGCAGGACAUCGGGCUGAAGAGAGGCGAUAGGGUGUUGGAUCUUGGGUGUGGACGGGGCCGGGUCGCGGCGCAUAUGGCGCAGUACUCUGGGGCGCGGGUCACAGGGCUCAAUAUCGAUCCGAACCAGAUCGCGCAGGCGAAGGCGUUCAAUGCGCAGAUGGGGUUCGAGUCGAAUUCGUUUGUCGUCCAGGAUUUCAACAGCUUGCCUCUUCCCUUUGCCGAUGAUAGCUUCGACGCGUUCUACCAGAUCCAGGCGCUGAGUCUCUGCAAGGACCUCCCUGCGCUCUUCCGCGAGAUUCACCGUGUCGUCAAGCCCGGUGCGAGGAUCUCGCUCCUCGACUGGGUCAGUUUGCCUGAUUAUGACCCCUCGAAUGCCGAGCAUGCCGAGCUCAUGCGCCGGGUCAAGCCGCUUAUUGGCGCUGUCGGCACGCCGACGCCGGAGAGUCUGGAGGCUGCGCUGGCGGAGGCGGGCUUCACGGUGCUGCGAUCGGAUAACGCGAGUGUGGGCGAUUUGCAGGCGCCGUUGAUCGACAAGGUCGACCUGUACUUCCGGUCGAUGCGCCAGGUCAUCCUCGGUCUGGUCAAGCCACAUGUGCUUCCGCGACACUUCAAGACAUUGAUCAACCGGCUGUGCUUGGACGGGCAGGCGUUUGUCAAGAUGGACAAGAUGCGGCUGGUGACGACGAGCUACCGCAUUAUUGCACAGAAGCAGUAG